CAUUUGCAAAACAAAACAAAAAACACCAUGCGCUGUUAAAGAUUUGUUGCGUGGUCUUCAAUUUGUUGACUCUUCUACGCCACAUCACAUUGGAUACAUCUAGUGCGGACUGUGGGCAGGGCAUUUCAGUCAGUUCAAAGCCUCUUGAAAUAUUGAACUUCAGGCCCAGAUGACAAGGAAGGGACACUGCCAACCUAGUUAAAAGUCCCCAAAGAGGAACGUCCACCACUCAAAAUGAACCAAACUUACUUGCCACAUGGUGCGAUGGAGAUUCAAGAUCAUGAGAUUGAAAGCCUUAUGGAGGAUGGCAUCUUGGCAGACACCUCGACACUCCUCACUGAGGCAUCAUCUGGAGAAAGUGCGAUGGCUGCCUUACCAGUGGUCAACUUGAGCAUUCCUUUUCUGAGCAAUACGCAAGGCAUCAUGAUUGGGGCCACUCAGGAUGGAUCUGGAACAUUGGUACUGGAUGCUUCACAACUGUCCCUGCUUAGCUCCAGUGGUGUCUUUGCAGAUGGUGUCCUCCAACUGUCUGUCCAGGGCAAUGAUGGAACUGAGCAAGUUGUGCUGCUCCAACCUCAAGAUAUGGCUGGCCUGGAAAAUAGUGGUACAGCACCUCUGAUGGAGUUGAGCACAAAUGUGCCUGCAGGCAUGCCACUGGUCACACUGCCCGAUGUAGAUGCUGCUAAAAAAUUGCCACUAGCUAUCCCCAAUUUUGAUGAGAUUGGGCCUCCUUUUGGCAAGGGCCCAUUCAAGUGCAGUGUGUGCAGCACGGAGUUUGUAAAGUGGAGCCAGCUACAGCGGCAUGAGCGAGCACAUGCUGAAGACAAGCCUUUCAAGUGUUCACGGUGUGAAGCAUCCUUCAACCAUGAGUUGAACCUUCGGCUGCACAUAGCCACACAUCCAGGUUCAGGACAGCCAUCCUGCCCAGAGUGUGGCAAAUUGUUUGCACGUCUAGCCAGCCUCAAAGCACACCUGAUGCUGCACCAGAAGGAGGAGAAUCUGAUAUGUGCUGAGUGUGGUGACGAGUUCAGUACACAGGCACGCCUUGACCGUCAUGCUCAGGAGCACAAGGAUGAGCUUUUUAAGGACAAGUACUACUUCUGCAACCAGUGUCCCGAAUUCUUCUGCAAGCGGCACCUUCUUAAGGAGCACAUGAAAAUGCACAAUAAAAUUAAGGCGUCCCUUUCCCAUCGCACCUACAAGAAAAAUAUUGAUCGGUCAUCAUUCUCACAUAAAUGUACAACAUGUAAAAAGCAGUUUCAGAAGCCCAGUCAGCUGUUGAGGCACGUCAGGAUACAUACAGGAGAGCGGCCCUUUGAGUGCAAAAUUUGCCACAAGACGUUCAAUCAGAAAGGAGCUCUCCAAAUUCACUUGAGUAAACACAGUGGUUUAAGGCCCCAUCACUGCGAGUUUUGCUCAGCUGCCUUCUCUCAAAGGGGCAACCUGCGUGCUCAUAUACAGAGGGUUCAUUCCGCAUCACCAAGUGACCAAAACACACCCAUGUUCAGGUGUCAAGAGUGUGCAUGCACUUUUCGGCGACUUGGGAGCCUAAAUGCACACAUGAGCCGAGUACAUUCUGGCCAUAUGAACCUGUAUACCAGCUUGUCGACAAAGGAUGCAUUGGAGUCACUGUCCAAGAAUCUACACCAGCAGAUGUCAGUUGCGGAUUCCCAUCAAGAAGGCUCAAAUGAAACUAACCUGCUGACUCGGAGCAAUGCUGACCUUUUACAACAGGUUCUUGUCAACAGUGGACUCACUCACAGCCCUUCCACAAGCAAUGUUGAGGAAAGAAAAAUACCAUCACCUUUGCCACUACUACCACCACCACCGCCACCACUACCCCUACCCCCGCCUCCACCGCCACCGCUGCAGGAAGAAGCAGUACCAUCUGGUGCAAAGGACAACUUAUUGCCGCCUUCCAAUCCAGUUGAAACGACGGUAGAAAAAGUGGAUUCUACAGCUGAGCGUGCGAUGGUGAUGUCUGUUGCUGACACUGCAACAGGCCAAAUCAAGAUGCACAUUUAUAGAAUGGUUGGAAAUGUGCGCUGGCACCAGUGCAUGUAUUGCACAAAGGAAUUCAAAAAACCAAGUGAUCUUGUGCGGCAUAUUCGGAUACACACGCAAGAGAAACCCUACAAGUGCAGCAAUUGUUUUCGUGCCUUUGCUGUCAAGAGCACUCUGACGGCACAUACUCGAGCCACCCACCUGGGUGUCAAGCAAUUUCAAUGCCCCACCUGUCAGCACCUGUUCUCUACCCGAGGCUCCCUGAAAGUCCAUAUGCGAAUUCACACAGGGGACAAACCAUACACUUGUGGAAUUUGCAGCAAAAGCUUCAGUUCAUCUAGGCGCUGCAAGAUGCAUGUGGCCGCUCACUGUCGAGAUGGGGAGAAUUCACGUUUGACUGCAAAGCUUCAUAGUAGCACUGGGGUUCUUACAGAAGAUCUCUCAUCAUUCAUUCCUAUUCAAGAGCCCAUCUUCAUCUCUGAAGUGACUGAUGAUGCACCCAUUGAUGACGUAGAUUCAAAGCGAGCACCAUCUACUCAGGAGCGUCCCUACAAGUGCAGCAUUUGUCCAGUCGGGUUCAAGAAGUCCAGCCACCUAAAGCAGCACAUCCGCUCGCACACAGGUGAAAAGCCCUUCCAGUGCAAUGAAUGUCAACGGAACUUUGUAUCCAACGGUGUGCUCAAGGCUCAUGUAAAGACCCACUCAGGCCUCAGGGAGUACAAGUGUACUGUUUGUGAUGCAACAUUUACUACUAAUGGCUCUUUGAAGCGGCACAUGUGCACCCACACUAGUGCCAGGCCAUUCAUGUGCCCAUACUGCCAGAAGACCUUUAAGACAUCAGUGAGCUGCAAGAAACACAUGAAGAUUCACCGUGGUGAUGUGAUUCUGCAGAGGAGUAGCUCAGAGGCCGAACGGGCACAAGUAGACAGCACAGCAACUGCUGUCCUUUCCGAUUCAUUGGUAGAGGCUUUGGUGCCUGUCAACCCUGACGAAGUUAUGGGCCAGAAUCAUGGCAACCUGGAUACAGCAGUCUGUGUCAGUGAUGACCUUGUACAGAGCAGUGCCAUUGAACCAAGUGAUCCCGGUAGCUUUGUUGCACAAGAGGUUUUAGUACAGCAGUUACAAGGAGUCUUGUUUGAUAGCCAGAAUGAUCAAGUGAACCUGGGACAGGCAACGCAGGUGCUCUCGCAAAAUGGCUUCUUUUCACAAACAUUGCCGCAGCUCACGUUGCAAGGUGAUGCUUUGGAUGUGGGCACUCUAGCUAGCAGUUUUGUGACAUCAUCAUUGGAAACUCCAACUGAACUUGCUUCAGGCACGCCGGAAAAUGAUGAUCUAGUUGGUGAUCUCCCAGUAGCCCAUGAAGAUCCUAAUCCAACCUUAUCUCAAGAAUCAACAUUGCAGCAGGUAGCACAGGAUGCUUUGCGUGGCACAGAAGUGGAUGUACGAGAUGAUGGCAAGCCUUUUGUGUGUACAGUAUGUGACAAGCGAUUCAAGCGAUCUACAUACCUCAAGUCUCAUAUGAGGUGCCACUUUGCACGUAUGGCUUCUCAGAAGAAUUAUGUCUGCCAACAAUGCGGUGCAGGCUUCACAACAUCUUUUUCACUGAAGCGACAUGCUGUUAGUCACAAGCAGCCUGAAAGUUAUAUCUGUUCAGUUUGCUCCUGUCUUAUGCCAACUGUCCAACAGCUUCGACGACAUGUUUGCAAUCAUCAUCCUACUACGGAGAAAGAAAAGGCAGCAGCUCAAAAAGUAGCUGAAGAAUCACCAGCAAGUAAUACGGAGCCAGCUGUGGCUGUUGAUGAAUCUCAGAAGGUGUCAAAACGUCUGGCUGAGAAAGUGAAUUCCUCUGGCACACAGCGCAAAUUUGUCAAAUUUACAGAGGAGCAGUCAAGAGAACUGGCCCAGAGAGAUCCUAAAGAAUCCACUUUAUCUGUUUCGGAAAGAGCCUUAAUUUCUACUGCUGCUGAAAAGGAUCGGGAGACACAAGAAUGGGAAAAACAACCUGUUAUUGAGUACCCUAACCGAUGUGAAAUGUGUCCUAAAAGUUUUCGGAAGCCAAGUGACUUAACCCGACACAUACGAACACACACUGGUGAGCGGCCGUUCUCGUGCGACAUAUGCCAGAAAUCCUUCACAGUCAAGUCAACUCUUGAAACACACCGUCGCACCCAUCGAGGUGAACGUGACUAUCCUUGCCAUAUCUGCUGCUCCUUCUUCUCCACCAUGGGAAGCCUCAAGGUGCACAUGCGACUUCAUACAGGUUCCCGUCCUUUCAAGUGCCCCCACUGUGACCUUCGUUUUCGGACAUCCGGUCAUCGCAAAAGCCAUAUUAUGACACAUUUUAAGAGUGGGGGUGUACGGCGACGAAGUCGUCUGCUACAACGAGAGGAAAAGGCUUCACACGAGACGAUCCCGGAAGAGCCCACUGAUGCUGAGGGAAUCAUGGGUGAGAUCCAGUUGCAGCUAGCUCCAGGCAUUCAGAUUACAGGACUCAACCCUUCUACACAGACAGUGCAGAUUGAUGCUUCCUUUCUGCAGCAUUUGCAACAACUGCAACAGCAGGGUAAUAUCAACAUCUCCAUCACACCAUCAGGAGACUCCAGUGGUACAAAUGUGGAGCAGCAACUAGAUGCAGCUUCAUUUCUUAUUCAACAAAAUGGUUCGGGGGGUAGCUCAGUAGUACUUGACCAGUCACUACCUCUAGUUGCAGCAGAAGGUAAAAAUGGAGCAGUGACAUUUACAGUGAUGGAGGGAGACCCUACUGGCUGUAACCAAGGGCUUGCUUCACAGGUACCUGCUGCUGAGCUGGGUCUUGAUGAAUUGGCUGUAGCAGAAGGCAGUCUUUUGGAGAGUGCUGUUAUGGACACAGCUGACUUGGUGGCACCUGCAGUAGUAAAAACAAUUGAUGAUGUAGAUGAAGCACGGGCUCAUGUGUGUAAUCAGUGUGGAAAAUCUUACAAGAGGGCUAGCCAUCUUAAAGAGCAUCUUGACUCACACAAAAGCAAAGAGGAUAAAGAAAAGAAAGCUCCAUAUCGGUGUCAAAAGUGCCCUAAAGCUUUUUCAAAGCCUAGUCAGCUAAAAAGGCAUGAAAGAAUUCAUACAGGAGAGCGACCUUUCCAGUGCAACCUGUGUAACAAAUCUUUUACUCAGAAUAAUACCCUGCUCACGCACCUCAUCAAGCACACUGGUGAAAAACCUUUCAAAUGUGAUGUGUGUGGGAGCCAAUUUACUCAAAAAUGCAAUCUUAUGGCACAUGUCAAAAGGGUACACAAAACAGAUGAAAUCUCUUCGAAAGAGCUAGAAACUUGAAUUUGUUACAUGGGAUUGCACACGUCUCAUUGCAUGGAAGUGUUAAUAUAGUGCAAGUAUUUAUUUUGAAUGUUAAAUAAAACUGCGAAAUAAAAAGCGAAAUAAAACUGUAGAAUUGCUUUUUCUUAUCAACAGCCUUAUAGCACAUUCUUUUCACUGUGCACUAACUAUUUUGUGCCUUUCAGUGCCUAAUGUACGGUUGUAAAUCCAUUGUUGUCCUCACUUCCACACUGCAGGGUUAUUGUGCUAAUUUGAAAAUCACCUUUUGCUUUCUUUACAUUCACACCCUCUCUUUUUUAUGAUGAGAAUAGUGUUCAGACGUAUGAAUGCAUUGAAACUUCAGUAGCAUUGAGGAGCACACUUUUCGAAGUGUGGCGUCUGUGCAGGAAGCAAAAAAACAAUAUAGCUGCUGCAGCAGUAGCCAGGCAGUAGCACACAAGACAUGCAUGAUCUCGAAAUUCUGCUCAUCAUAAUACACUUAGCCUAAAAUUCUGGUUUAAUUCUGCAAUUAGCCACCUGCUACACACCUGCCUUGUUGAGCUGCAUGCUCUCUUACUUGUGAGGGGAAAUGCCCAACUCCAAUUUAAAGGGAUUGGAUGGUCACGUUUGAUAAUGUGAUUUAUGAUGGCAGCUACACAUAUACUCAGGCCCAAUGAUAAGGAAUUUAAACCCACCCCAGUGAGUGUUUGUAGGACACAGUAACAACUGCCAAGAAGCACUUUUGCCAAGUUGCCAGAAGCACUUACCAAGAAGCGCUUCUGCCAAGUUUGUCAAGUGAUUUACGUUCUGGCUGCGUGCACAAGCUUAAAGAUGUGGGUACACAUAUUUGUGAUUGUCACUUAAUCUGAACAUAGGAAUCUAUUUUGUGUAGCACAAUCUGAAGGUGCACAUUUGACAUAAUACGAUACAAUUGCAAAAACUCAACACAAGUAUCUACAAUCAGCAACUGGUUGGCUAUGGCUGGCUCAUGAAAUUUUGUGCAGUGCUCACAGAAAGGUCAAGGAUAGAAGAAAGGAUAAUAAUAUGUGCUAUUCUCAUUGUUUUUUCCGUUCUUGCCCUUCUUAAGGGUGCUACUCAAAAUUUUAUCAUGAACACUCUCGGACUAGCUCAGCGUACCAUCAUAAUGGCUGGCUCAUCCAUCGGCUGGCUAUGCUGUCACAUAUACACUCUUUAUUAAAGUGCCCUUUUCGGGUCUAUGCGAAGGUGUGCAUGAAAAAAACAAUUUGAAGGGUUUGUGUCAUUCAAUUCAUUAGGUCACGAUGGAAAAGAGAUCUAGGCAGCACACAUUUCGCUUAUGUGCCUGAGGUAAAAAAAAAGAAUAGUGAUUGACGUACUUCAUUUGGGGCUGCCAUGAGUCUGUCACUUUUUUGAAUUGAUAUCUUAUUGAACUGCAAAACAAAGAGCAAAACCCUAUUCAGAUUUUUCUUGGUGGUAAUGAAAGUUGCAAAUGUUACCCCUUUUUAAUUUUUUUAUUGCCAAAUAUUUCUUGAAACCGAAAAUUUGGCCUUUUCUGAAGACGUCAUGAAAACGGAUAUGCAAUGCCUCCGAAAAAUAUGUGGCCAAGCGGACUUGCAGGACAAAACAUGUGGCAACAUACAUGGGCUUCAUUAUUUGAAAAAGCAUGCUUCCAUAAUCAAGCUCAUCUCACAUUUUUUUUACUACCUCCUUUGCCUUGCUUGUUCCUUUCGUGUCUGUGGGCUUGUGCUAUUAGCAAAGUGUGACAAUAUACCUCUUAGGUUGAGAAAACACUAAUGUCGGAUUAUGCUCAUGUUAGACAGGUGAUUUAGUGACUGAGACAUCUAUUUAAAUUAGUGAUUGUUACAUUGCCAAAUUCUCACCAUAAUUUGGUACUAACUUUUUCUUUCAAAUAUUUGGCACUUUUAUGUACUAAAAGAAAAAGUUGUAGUAAAUGCUUUCAAUUAUUCAAUCCGUUUGAAGUGAAGUAUUGAUAUUCUAAAGAUAUGACGGUUUUGCAUCUGCGCUUAAAAGGACACUAAAGUCAAAUAACAAUUUACCUCAGAGUGAAGGCUCAAUGUAUGACAACAUCUAAAACGACAAUAUUAUCAACAGCAGUGCCCUACUUACCGAGAAAUUAAGGUAAAUGCACAAGAAUAUAUCCGUCGCAGUAGGACGUUCUCAAAAUGAUACCGAUGAUGUCAGACGAACUGCCUACGAUUAAUCACUACUAAUCGAUCUAGCUGCACUAAAUAAAGAACCUUCUGUGCAUCAAGAGAUGCAAUAAAAUGCUGCUUGUUAGUUUCUGUUUGAUUCAUGGAAAAAAGAACCGCCGGACAUUACUAUGAGGAAUGGCGCGAGUGGUUCGGAAAUUCAAUUUUCGCAUGGUUAAACUGGACAGGUCGUGCCAUCUAGCGGGGCCCAGUUGAACCAAAAUACAUCUGCCAUCUCGGAGCCAAUGGUAGAAAAUUUAUCAAUGUCUGUUGAUGCUGCUGUGUCUUCACUGCUUUCGUUUUCCUGCUACUAGUGUCUGCGGACACGCAGUAAAGCCGGGCAACGUUGUGCACAGCAACAGUGACGCGAUUCGAUUCGCUUUUUUAGGUGGGUAAUUUGAAGUGCGCUAAGCCGAUGUGGACCGCUAUAAUGUGAUUUUAUUUCAAAAUAAGCCCUUCCUUUACAAAAGCAACACUACGAGGUUUCUGGAUCGCUAUUUCAAUAAUCAAUGUCGGCUGAAUAGUUACCUUUAGUGUCCCUUUAAGCUGCAUAUAAUAAAUGUGUGUUGUCUACCAGGCAAGGCCCUUUAACUUUAAUACAGGAUUAUACAUUUAUACUUGAUACUUUUACAGUUCGAUAGCUAUACUAUGUGCUGAAACCUGCUUCUUUAGACACAGUAUUAAUGAUGACUGACUUACAGUAAUUCCUAGGAAAGUAUAGGAGACGUUAUUUGUGGUAGGCCUCGAUGAAAUGAAACUGUGAAGACUCGCGGCAAAUUUUUGUUUGGUCCACUUCUUGUUUACAUUUUCAUUACAUUGAAGCCUACUAUAAAUAACAUCCCCUAUACAUUCCUUGGCAUUAUUGCCUGUUAUUUUUUUCAAUAAUAUAGUGUCUAACAAAGAAAAACAAGCCCUUAAAAAAUGCUCUUGUAUCAUACCUGUUUGAGGUCUUUGAAAAGUGUAGGAACUAUGGCACUAUUCAAGAGAUGGUGUGUUGAUGCCAAGAUGUUGGCAAGUUGCUGGUAAGUCCUCUUAACUAGCUCUGUGGAGUCAAAGCUCAUGCAUGAUGAUCGUAGUAAGUACUGUAAAAUAAAUUAUGAAAAACAGUGAAUCAUGCGUUCCAUGCUCCAUGCAGUACUAAAAGAUAGUGCAUGUACCAUAACCACAUGUGCAACUUUUUUAAGUUGGUUUGUAUGCUUUUACUGUGCAAUUUGAAACUGUUCACAUCUAAAUGCGAAAUAAAGGUGGCGUACAAGCUAUUUGUAUGCCAUAUAUAUAUUUUGUGCAUUUUUUGGUGGAAGGACAAAGGGGGAAUCAUUUCUACAGCAUCCCUUUGUGCAAUUGUGUGUCUAGACAAAAUGUUGUGACAUGUUCCUGCUUGUAGCACUGCACCCUAUAUCGAGCCUCGGAGGUUCCAAUAGCUUAGUGACACCAGGUGGUUUGUGUACCUUGCAAAGACAUUUUAAAUGCCUUCAAGUAAGCUCUAGAAUGUGCCUGUGCAUAUACUGUAGACUCUCACUAAAUGAAAAUUUGUUAAAUGGAACUACUGCUUAAACUGAACUAUUGCCUCUGCAAUACUUCAUUUCGGGCUUGUAUUCUGCACCCAUGCUCACCUUUCAGUAAACGGAACUCCUGUUAAAUGGAACAUAUUCUCCCAGUCCCUUCAGGUUCCGUUUACUGAGAGUCUAUUGUAUAUGCCUAUGGAUAUCAUUGUAAAUGCUGUGUAUACUUUGUAAAGAUAUUGUUAUAUGUAAAUAUUUUCAUACAAUAGUGAUAUUAUUAUAGGUGAACCCUGUAUAUUAUGUAUCUAGAUAUGUUACACUGAUCAUGUUAUAUGUGUGUGUAUGCCUGUACAUUCAAUACCAAAUAUAUAAAAUUUGGACAUAUUCA